AAAGUCGGCUUCCCUUUCGGUUUGGCCGGUUAAUAUCCUCCCCGCGUCUGCCCAUCUGUCUUCUCUCUCUCUCCGUCUUCAUCAAGCAAAGUAAAGGCUCCUCCUCCUUUUACACUCUCUCUUCUCUACACAGAAGAGACAAUACAACUCUCAGCUUAACCACGUUUUGGGCAAAAACACAGAUUUGACCGCCGGUAGAGGAGCUACAAAGGUGUGAGGAGGAUCUGUGUAUUUGAAGAAGAAGAUGCGCAGGUGGAUCUGUUGUGGGCGUGUAUCAGGAGGAGAUUCAGGUUUAUCAAAUGAUGAGCAACAUCUCAAAACUCAAUGGCAACAACAACAACAACCUGAUGCAAAUCAAAAGCUAAGACCACAACCUGCUGCAAAACCUGACGCGCCCAAGGAAGCUCUCCCUAUUGAAGUCCCUCCCUUGUCUGUGGAAGAGGUUAAAGAGAAGACGGACAAUUUUGGAUCGAAGUCACUGAUUGGUGAGGGAUCUUAUGGAAGGGUCUAUUACGCAACGCUUAACGAUGGUAAAGCAGUGGCUUUGAAGAAACUCGACGUUGCCCCUGAAGCUGAAACAAACGCUGAGUUCUUGAGUCAGGUUUCUAUGGUUUCGAGACUGAAGCAUGAUAACCUCAUCCAACUAGUCGGCUACUGCGUCGACGAGGACCUCCGUGUUCUUGCUUACGAGUUCGCAACGAUGGGAUCGCUCCACGACGUUCUACACGGUAGGAAAGGAGUUCAAGGCGCGCAGCCAGGUCCGACGCUCGACUGGAUAACGAGGGUGAAGAUAGCCGUCGAGGCGGCUAGGGGUUUAGAGUACCUUCACGAGAAGGUUCAGCCUCCUGUGAUACACAGAGACGUGAGAUCCAGCAACGUGCUUCUCUUUGAAGACUAUCAAGCCAGAAUCGCUGAUUUCAAUCUCUCGAAUCAGGCUCCUGAUAACGCGGCUCGUCUUCACUCUACGAGAGUCUUGGGAACCUUUGGCUAUCACGCUCCAGAAUAUGCUAUGACGGGACAGUUGACGCAGAAGAGUGACGUGUAUAGCUUUGGGGUUGUACUGCUUGAGCUUUUGACAGGGAGGAAGCCUGUGGAUCAUACAAUGCCACGUGGCCAACAGAGUCUUGUAACGUGGGCUACACCUAGACUUAGUGAAGACAAAGUGAAGCAGUGUGUUGAUCCAAAGCUAAAAGGAGAGUAUCCUCCUAAAUCAGUAGCUAAGCUAGCAGCGGUGGCAGCGUUGUGUGUGCAAUACGAAUCUGAGUUUAGACCGAAUAUGAGUAUAGUUGUGAAAGCUUUGCAGCCGCUUCUCAAACCUCCAGCUCCAGCAGCCCCAACACCUGAAUCCUGAGUUUGUGUUACAGAGUUGGAUACCUUUGUUCAUACGAAGUUAUAAUUUUUAUCUGGUUUGGAGAAGAGAAAACAAAAAAAAUAUAAUAUUUCAUAUCUAUGCCGUUUUUCUUUAUGGGGGUGGGAUUUUACUAGUUGGCAUUUUGGUGGUGACAGGAGAUCACUUAAUAGUUUGCAUUUGUUUAUGUCUGGAUUGGAAACAGGCUGUUUUGCUUUGCUUGUCGUGGUGGAGAACAACUAUGUAAUUGCAUUCUUGCUGUUCUAUGGUCUGAUUAUAUUGACAACUCUUUCAAGCUA